GCUGAGACGUAAAGGAUUCACGUGAGAGCGUGUGUGCGUGGGCGUGCGUGCAUACGUGGCCCCGACAUUGAGGGAGCGUUCGUGGUAGCGGCAUCUCUUCUGGGAAGCGGCUUGGCCUGGCGGAAGCGGCCAUGUUGCGUCAGGAUAGUAAUGAUGACACCGAAGAUGUUUCACUGUUCGAUGCCAGUGAUGAUAAGUCAGUCAGGAGGCCAAAGAAGUUGAAAAUCAGACACCCGGUGGCAUCGUUUUUUCAUUUAUUCUUUCGAAUCAGUGCAAUAAUUGUCUAUCUUCUCUGUGAAUUGCUAAGCAGCAGCUUUAUUGCCUGCAUGGUGACAAUUAUCUUGUUAUUAUCGUGUGACUUUUGGACAGUGAAGAAUAUAACUGGCAGACUCAUGGUUGGCUUGCGCUGGUGGAACCAUAUAGAUGAUGAUGGAAAGAGUCACUGGGUGUUUGAGGCUCGAAAGGAAUCAAAUCAAGAGAAAAGAACCUCUUCAGAAGCUGAGUCACAAAUUUUUUGGUUAGGACUAAUUUCCUGUCCAAUUAUGUGGGUGAUAUUUGCCUUUAGUGCUCUCUUCUCUUUCAAAUUGAAGUGGUUGGCAGUGGUCAUCAUGGGUGUAGUACUACAAGGUGCCAAUCUGUAUGGCUACAUCAGAUGCAAAGUGGGCAACCAAAGUAAUUUAACCAGUAUGGCUACCACUUACCUCGGAAAGCAAUUCUUGAGACAAAACAUUAAAGAUGAUCAAAUAUCUUGAAGAUGAGAAGACACAUCUCAUAUUGAAGAACAGUUGAAAAGAUUGUCUUGAUCUUUUUGGAACUGAAUAAAUAACUCGCAGGGGGCAUCAUUAAAGAUUUUUCUCAUUGAAAAUUAAAAACAAAACCCUUUUUAUAGGAAGAUAAUGCUUUUUGGCAUAAAAUCUGCCUUGGGUUAUUUUUUAAGAUUGUCUCAAAACCAAAUAAGGGAAAUUACCUAAAAUAUCAGGAGUUUGUACAGAAUUUUUGACUUGCAUUUCAGAAAUCAUCAUUAUAAACACUAUAUUGACAAUGAAAAUUUUCAUCUUAAAUUGUAAACAUGGAAAUAAAAUUAUAUGCCUUACUCAGUUUGUCAAUACCAUUAAAUUUAAAUAAUUUUAAUGGGAAGUGUUUAUUUUGGUCUAUUCAGUAAACUGUUCAUGUGCUAUUUAUUACAUGUGGCUUGAUCUAGCAGUCUCUUUAGUUUAUAUUAUGCUUCUAAGUACUUGAGUUAUGGUUAUAGAGUUUGCUUUGAACUCUCAUUUUGGAAAAAUCUUAAGAGGUUCCAAGCAUAAUGAAAAUUGUACUAAAAGUACACAUACUAAAGUAUUACUUUUCAUAUUAGGCUGAAAAUAAUUAUUUAUUGGCAUGGCUAAUGCCUAAAUUCAUAUUUUGUUUUAAGAAUUAUUUUUGUUAUUGAGAAAAUUUGAAUAUUUAGAAUUAUAGAAUUUAAUUGUAACAUCUUAAAAUUGUAAAAUAUAUUUUCUAAGUACUGAUAUAAAUUUUAGUUGUGUACUUCCCAUCAUCCCAAAAGAUUGUUUUAUGAAUAUUUUUUAAAACACAUACAUGUGUGCACACAUAUAUAAAUUUAAGAAAUAACCUUAUACAACUGGCAAUAUCAAUCUGACUUGAGUAUUGGGGAUACAAAGAAAGAUAAAAACUGGAUAUCAGUCUCUACCCUCAAGGAAUUAUAUACUACCUUGCUGCAAAAAAUUUCCCUCCCACAGAAGCCAUUCAAUUAGGCUCUACAUAUUGUUUCUGGCAACCUGCAAUUCUGUGGAGUGCUGGAUUUGGAGUAGAAAGAUUUGAGGUUGAAUCCCAACUGACUUAUCUGAUUCAAGGCAAGUCACUUUACCCCUCAGGACUUCUCAGGGGCCCUCCAAAGACUAAAUGUAUGAUCUUACAUAUAUAGAAUAGAUUUUAUUUUCAUACUUAUAUACAUUGUGCUUAUUUUUCUUCUGGUUCUAUUUCAUUCAUUCUGUAUCACUUCAUCAAGUACUUCCUUGUGGCCCUGAAUUUUUAGUAUUGUUUAGUAUGAUAUAAUAAUAUUUAGUUGCUUUCAUAUUCCACAAUUCAUAUUCCACAAUUAGUCAAUUGUUGAAAAUUGUAUGUUUCUAAUUUUAAAAAUAAUUACCAAUAGUGCUGUGAGUUAUUUGUGCAUAUGUUUCUUCUUGCUGAAAUUAAUCUUUUUUGUAUAAAUUUACACAUGUAUUUUAUGUAUUGUACAUGUAUAUAUGUGUGUAUACAUAUAUGUAUACAUAUAUACACAUAUAUUUGGUAUAUGUUACCUGUGGGUCAAAGGGCAUGAACCUUUUCUUAUUAACAAAUUUUUUUUUCCAACCAUACCAGUUUUGUAUUAAUGUACCUUAUUUUUCAUGUUUUAAACAAUUUGAAACCUAUUAGAAAAAUUUUUAAAUUUGGACUUUAUUUGUGAAUUUGACCAAUUUUUAGACCAUUAUAACACAAAUUUAAUUUUUAAAAUUGUCGAUAGAAUCAUAGAUUAUGAUUGAUCUUUCAGAUUCACAUCAAUUCUCAGAAUUUGAACUUCAGUUUAUGUAGCCUGACUCCAGUCAUUUAAUCUCAUUAAGCCAUAAUAUAUUAAUCUGUAAAUUUAAGUGUUUUAGGGCACUUCCAAUUCUAAUUCUGUAAUCCUGUGGUGGUGGGAAUCUUAUUACAAUGAAUACCAAUAUCCCUCCCCUCCAUACCACAUAUUAAAAGUAUCUUUUAAUUAUACUUUCAUUGAUUUUUGUGAAUGAGCUUUUAAAUUUAUGUACUCUCCUGAGACUUUCUUUUUUAAACUAGUUCUUUACCUUGAACUUCUAUUUCUCUGCCCAUCGCUAGCCUCCCAAUCUAUCAUCCUUAAUUUUGCUUGGCUUCUUUCCGUCUUUUUUCAACAGUCUUGUCUUGGUGAUUGACCAGUUAAACUUAGACUCUUACCUACUCUUGAAUCCUUUGUCCCCUUAUUCUGUAACUAGUCAUGCUGUGCCAAUGCCUAAUUUGGGGUUAGCGUCACUCUUUGUUUUUUCUGCUCUAUUCACAUUUUAUUAAAUGCUGCUGGAUAAAAUUA